AUGGACCGAAGACUAAUUGCCGUUUUGGCGGUCACGCUCAACUUCUUUUCCAUUGUUUUAGCUAAUGGACCAGUAUAUGGUGGAAUUGAAAGCCCAGAAAAUCCAGCUCCUGCACCUGCACCAGCGGGCAAUUUCCUUACGCAAACAGUGUAUGGAUUUUUAGACUUUACGACAACUAUUGGCAAUACAGUCAUGGUCUUUUCACCGCAGUCUGCACCACCACCAGAACCACCGAGCACUGAAAGAUCUGUGCAGGAAAAUAUUAUCGAAACGAAACCACCUCCCCCAACAGUAACCAGUGUAAAACCUGAGGCAAUUAAACCGAGUAAAAUAUCUAGUAAAGACAAAUCCAAUAAUCCCUCUACCGCAGCAGUAGUAUCAAGUGCGGGGUCUGUAAUGUCUUCACCACCGAAAAAGGAUAACAAAGCUGUAAAUGUACCAAAAUCUGUAGUAAAGGAACAAAAACAAAUCAUCACAAAAGUAGAAGUCGUUGCUGGACCAUCUAAAAUUGUUGAAAGUAGCUCAUCUAAACAAGUCCCUCCAAAAAAUAACAAAACUUCACAGUCUAAUAAAAACAAGAAGAAUGAUGGCAUAAAAUCAGUAACCAAUAUUGUAAGCAGUAAAGUUGAAGUAAAGCAAGGUCCUUCAGCGUCAGUAAUAAGUUCGAAAGUUCAAGUGAAAUCAAGCAAUGGCGAUGAGGAACCUGCAAUUUUAAUCACCAACAAUAAUAUUGCAGAACCUGAAUACGAUUUUUUGUCACGACAACCUUCUGAAUUCGUUGAAGAAACAUUUAAAGUGAUCAACAUUCGCCCUUCAAAGGCCCCAGGACAGAAACCAAAACACGGUCAUAAGAACAGACAUCAACCUACUCCACCACCAGAAAGUGAUGAAGAUCAUCCCAUCGGUUUGGUCACAACACUAGGAGGCACUAUUGUUAAAGAUGGACUUACAACAGUCCAUGAAACAAGUGUUAUUGGAACAUACAUAUCAGGAAAAUACGCUCAAGUUCUAAACAGCAAUUCUAAAGUGAUACAGGCUCCUGGUGGACAUAGGGGCAAGAUAUCACCUAGUGCGACACAUAGGAUACUCAAAACGGUAGCACCGUCUAUUUCUAAAAAUCACAGGCAUAAUUUGGAACCAACUCCAUCCGCCUCUGACGAUGAUAGCAACUUCGGAAAAACGACCCGCAGACAAAAUAAUAACGGAGGCUCGUUCAAAAACCGUCACAGGUCCCAAAAUAAUAACAAUAAUAGUAACAAUUCUGAAAGUGAUAACCAACAAAACAGUCCCAGCCAGGGCAAGAAAUUCAAAAAUCGAAACGCUUCAAAUUCACAAAGGGCUCAAAGUACUCGAUAUGGACGACCCGCAAAAUCGCUUCAACCAGCCACCAUCUCUGUUUUCAGUGAAGCGUCUGCACCAUCGUAUUCAAACAGAAGGAAGAAUAACCGCAACUCUGCACACAAGACGACUGUAACACCAUCGAGUAACAAUGACAGUCAGUCAAAACGUGGAUUCAAGCCCCGAGUAAACCCAACGCCCGUGGAACAUGUGACUCCAGCACCUUCCACCAGUUCACAGAGUGGUCCUGGUACUCUUCUUGAAAGUGAUGCCGAUGACAACUCAAUUGAAAAGCCACCUCCAGUAGAAACUUUGAAAGUAGAGAUUUCAACCCCUGCUGAUUUCCGAGACGUAUAUUAUGAGAUCGCUACUAUUAGGACUCCUUACACUUUCCAGGUCGGGCGUGUGAAGAAUACUCGUAUUGUAACUGUAACUUCAACUAUAGAAAAACGUAUAGAACCCACUCUUGUAGCUAAUUCGCAAAAUUCUCUCAACGAACCGUUGACAGAGAAUAUUUUAGCGACAGCAACACCUUAUGAAAAAGACCAUGCUCUCCUAGACUCGAGCAUAGCUACAUUACCUGCCAUAACAUUAUCUUCAGAUAUGGAGACCCCGCCGCUGGAAACUGUAACUGAAACAUUUAGCACAACUCAAAACUUGCUGAAAACCCAUAUAUUACCGGUGGUCAGAGAUUCCAAUAUAACCAGUAGCUUAACUUUCAUCCAAACUUAUCGAGUUACAAGAUUUGUAACAGCAACGAAAACUUUACCACCAAUGGACUUCUUCCAAUUCAUUCCCAGCAAAACAUUAAAAGAAUUUAAUAGCCGUCUAGACGAGGCUGGCUCAGAGCUGCACCUAGAAUUAGACUUUGGAGACAGCAACGAGGAUGAAGAUGGGGUUCCUCGACGUGUAUUCCCUCCAGAACUUGAUCUUGCUAAUAUUGGGUCAGAUUUCGAUCUUACCGAGGUAGACAAGUAUAGACUUGCAGAGAAUCACUUAAGACUAAAGAAAGCUCAUGGACAAAAUAAGGGUAACCAUUUGUCGGAAUCAGCAAAUACACCAGCCGCUGCAUUAACACCAGAACAAGCUCAACAACUAGCUCUCUUGAGGCUCCUAAAUCCAGCUGCUGCUGCUCAAAUCCCUGACGUUAUCACUACCUCUAAACCAGUUAUAAAAUUCGAAACGAUCUAUGAAUCGCAUGUGAUUCCCCUAUACGACGGCAAGAGCACUACUUUCAGCACGAUCUCUAGACCUGUGGCUACAAUUACUAAAACUGAGUACGAAAUUGGUACUAGCAGUCUCCCAGCGCUGCCCUUACAGACGCCUAACCCACUAUUUCCUCAACAGUUUUCUCUUACCUCUACCCCUGUGGUCGUGAACACAGAAAUUACAGCUACCGACAGUCAAGUCUUGAAGUUAACUUUUGGUGCUAAAACGGUUUAUACUACACUCUUCAACACCAAAGUUGUGCCAACAGCAGUUACAUCAUACAUAACAUCUUCAGUGCCGGUACAACCGACCGGUCUUCCAAGUUUUCCAGGAUACUACCCACCGCCAUUCGCACCUUUCCCUUACGUAGGUUAA